AUGGCUAUUGUAGAACUUGCAGCUCUUUUGGCCUUUAUUCCUGCCAGUUUUGUAGCCUUAUACGUUUGGCUUCUUCAAAGUCGUAAAGGUUCUUUACCUAUUACAACCUCUGAAGUUUCUUAUAAUAGAAGUAAAUAUGGUAAUAUUCUUAAUUGGGAUAAAUAUUGUUUAUAUAUUCACGGAAUUCCUACCCUAAUAAUUAGUGGCGAGUUUCAUUAUUGGCGUCUUCCUGAUAGAUCCCGAUGGAAAAGUAUUUUAAAAAAAUAUAGAGCUGGAGGAUUUAAUUGUAUAAGAAUUUAUUUUCAUUGGGGUUAUCAUAGUCCUGAUGAAGGAAUUUACCAUUUUGAUGGUAAUAGGGAUAUCAACUAUUUAUUAGAUUUAUGUGAAGAAUUAAAUCUUUACGUUCUUGCUGCUCCUGGUCCCUAUAUUUGUGCUGAAACUCAAGCAGGUGGAUUUCCUAUAUGGGUUAUUGAAAAAGUUCAAAAAUUACGUCAUGUCUUACAUUCUGGAUUUAAGUCAUAUGAUCCUACAUUCUCUGAAUACGAAAAACAAUGGUUCGAAAAUGUUUUACCGAUUAUCGCUCGACAUCAAAUCACUUCAAAAUCUGAUGGAUGCGUUCUCGCUGUACAAAUAGAAAAUGAAUUAUUGGAAAAAGUUUUAUCUAUUCCUUUUGGAUUACAUGAUGAAAUGAGAUUCUUAUGUAAAUCAGCAAGGGAUUGCGAGAUCACUGUUCCAUUAUUCACAAAUGAUCCUUUUGAAGCAGGUUCAUUUAUUGCGAAACCUGAGAUCGAUUCAAAACCAUCAUAUCAUUUUUUUGAUAGAAAAACAUUUGGUUUGGAUCUUUAUGGAUUUGACAAAUAUUUCGUAUUUGUUCCUGCAAGUGAACCAAUACCUUGGGCAUUCAAUGUUCAGAAGGAUCCAAAAAAAUGGAAAUCUUGGAAUCCUAAAGAUGUAAUGAAAGCUUUAGAUGGAAUUGAAAGUACAGUUCGUGGAUUUGGAUAUGAAGCUGCAAAGUCACCAAUAUUUAUUCCUGAACUUCAGGGAGGAUGGUUUACAACUUACCAAACACAACACACCUUUGAUGAUGUUUAUAAUUAUUAUGGUGAUUCUUUUACACGUAUUGUUUUUGAUUCUGUCUUAGCACAAGGUUGUACCAUGUUAUCCUUUUAUAUGGCAUAUGGUGGAACAAAUUGGGGGACACUGGGUGACAUUGAUGGGUAUACUUCUUAUGACUAUUCAGCAUGUAUUCGUGAAUAUGGUUAUAUUUCAUCUCGACUUCGAAAAUUACGUCUUGGAAUAUUAUUUGCACACAGCUUUUCUGAUUUACUCGUCAAAACAGAAUGUGUCCGUAACCCAAAUAUCACCACUUCUAUUAAAAACGUGUUCAAUUCUCAAAGAAGAUCAUUAGUGAAUUCCAAUAAUGAUCAAAAUAAUGGAGUUUUGUUUACAUUUAUGAGAAAUUUCAGUGAACAAAAACAUCCCAUAUUUCAAGUAUAUGUCAAAUAUCAAGAAGGACAGAGGCGUGCACAAAAAUAUCUAAUGCAAUGUUACUUACCAUAUAAAAGUUCAUUUAUUGCAAUUGGAAAUUACAUAACAACAACUGGAUUGAAAUUAAUUUUUUCAACUUUACCUAUUCAUUUGAGAAUAAUUCUUCCAUCAAUUAAAAAUGAAGAAAAUGAAGAUAUAAGUGUAGCUGAUACAAGUUGUGAAAUUUGGAUAGUUCCGGUAAAUAAUAUUGGAGAAAUGGCAUUUCAAGGUGAAAUUAUAGUUGAUGGAAAUCUUGGGUAUUCUAUUAGAAAGGUUGGACAUGCCAUUCAUAUUUUAUCAUUUAGUGGUGUUGUAGGAUUUGCAAGAAUUCGAAAUACCGAAUCAACGAAAGAUUUAUACAUUUUAGCUUUACAUAAAGAAUCACUUGGUACACUUCAUGCAGUGUUUGAUGAUCAUCAUUGGAUUAAAACUAAUAAUAGAAAAAAUUUUCUUAAUCAUUCACCAUUAAUUGUCACAUGGGGAACUCAAAAUGUUCAUUUUGAUUAUUCGAACAUGGUUAUAGAGACAGAACAUGGGGAUCAAGAACAUGAAAUAUCAAUAUUAUCAUAUAGAAAACCAGCUGAUCAUGUACGUUUACAUAAUCAUCAAACAUAUCCUCUUUCAUUUAUUUAUAAAAAACAAUUAACAGCCGGAGAAAAAACAUCUGAAGUACACUUAGUACCUAAAUUAUAUGAUUGGAAAACAAGAAUUACAAAUUUUAAGGAAUUAGGAUGGCGAAAAGUAGAUAUAGAAAAGGGAGGAGGAGGAGCAAUUGAAAAUAAUUAUGUUUCAGGUCAUGUUUUAUAUCAUGCAAAAUUUCAAAGUGAUUAUGAUGCAUCAGAUGUACAACUUUAUAUAAAUAUGAGACAUCGUUGUACAAUUUUUGUCAAUAAUCAAUUUGUUGGGGGACAUACAACUUUUUCAAGACAAUUUCUCUUUCCUGGAGCUAAAUUUGGACCAGAACUAUUUAAGUCAUUAGGUGAUGAAAAGUAUGAUAUUACACAAUAUCUUAAUUCACCAGAAAGUGAAGAAAAAAAUUCUAUGAUAAUUUUUGUAGAUAAUUGGGGAUUAGGUCGACAAUCAGUAGUAUUUAGUGAUGCAAAUAAUCCUAGAGGAAUAAUUUCAGCAAAUAUCAAAGGUUUGGAACCAAAUACAGAAAUAGAAUGGAACAUUUGUGGAGUAGAUGUAAGUAAAUUAGAAAAUUCUUAUACAUCAACUGGUAUACCUGAUGAGAAUAAAGAAUCAAGUUGGGAAGAUCAUAAUUUAGGUAUAACUAUGUAUGGAAUAUUACCUAAUGAUGGUAUAAGAUGGUGGAAAUUUAAAUUUCAUCAUCCAAUAGAUAUUAAAUUUAAAGAUAUUUUAACAGCACCAUUAAGGUUAGUUAUAUAUGGUUCAUUUACAUCAUAUAUAUUUUUAAAUGAAAUAUUAAUUGGAAGAUAUUAUGGAAAUGGAGAUUGUGCACAACAUGAUUUUUAUUUAAUGGAUGGAAUUUUAAAGUUUGGUGAAGAAAAUCAAAUUAAAAUGAUGGUUUAUUCAUGGGAAAUAGUGGAUCCAGAAGAAAUUAAAUUAGAAAUUAGAGGUUGGGAAGUUGAUGAUGUAAAUAAAACAGGAAAUCUAAUUAGAUCCAAAAAAGGAGGAAAUUUUGAAGAUGAAAUAGAUUUUGAACUUAAAUCGUGGAUUGUUAGGAAAGAGAUAAUUCCUAUGACUUUUAACCAAGAUAGUAGUAGUAAUAAUGAAUUACUGUAA